GGGGCAAUAAUGCAACCCGUAAUAGAAAUCAAAGAAGAAGAAAUCCAACCGCUGCUUCCAACUCCGUUAAAAAAAAUCGACGAAGAAGAAGAAGCCUCGUCAACAUACAUGCACCAAAGCCACAAUUUGUGUGAAAAUAUGGCUUCCCCUGUCGGCUGUGAGCAUUAUGUGCGCAGCUGCCUAUUAAAAGCUCCGUGCUGUGGUAAACUGUACGUGUGCCGGCUGUGCCACGAUGCGGAGGAGAACCACGAGAUGGAUCGCUUCAAAGUCAGAGAGGUGCAGUGCUCUGAGUGUGAGACCGUGCAGGAGGCGCAGCAGACGUGCCAGCAGUGUAACGUGAACUUCGGGGAAUAUUACUGUGACAUCUGCCACCUGUUCGACAAGAACAAGAAGCAGUACCACUGUCAGCCCUGUGGGAUAU